AUGGUGCUUGAAAGUGUGGUCUCCUCUGUGCUAAACCAAGUUUUAUCAGCCUAUGUCGAAAACUUCAAUCCUAAGCAGCUUAACGUUGGAAUAUGGGGUGGUGAUAUCAAACUCAAGGAUUUAAAGCUUAAGAAAGGCGCGUUGGACAAGUUCAGGUUACCUGUGGAUGUGCUCGAUGGAUCAAUCAGUAGUUUGAUUUUAACAGUACCAUGGACGGCCCUAGGGAGCCGUCCCGUCAAGGCGGUCAUCGAAAAUAUCUACCUUUUGGCUGUACCCCGAAGUGAAAAUAAUUUCGAUUCUGAAGAAGACGAGAAAAGAAAACAGGCAUCGAAGAUGGAAAAACUGAAGAAUUCGGAGUUAUUGCUGUCGCCCACCGCCGCCACCACGGAUAAUAGCGAAGAAGCAAAUAAAAACGAGUCCUUCGUUGCUGCAAUGACAAACAAGAUCCUGGACAAUCUACAACUCAGAAUAAAAAACGUUCACAUUCGAUACGAAGACAAACUUUCAGUUCCCGGUCAUCCGUUUUCAAUUGGGUUUACUUUGGCCGAACUCUCGGCCGUAUCGACCGACGAGAAUUGGCAAGAAAGCUUUAUCGUAGGCUCCAAGACUGGUGUCCACAAGCUUACAAAGCUUGAUUCCUUAGCAAUCUACUUCAACACCGAUUCAAUCUCACUGGCUAAUCUUGACAGCCCGGAAGAAUUUCAAGAGCGAUUUACAAACAUGAUCGCCAGAACUGAAACAUCGGACUCCGACGCAAAUCCCAAUACUCUGCCUGAUCAUCAAUAUGCCUUGAAACCCGUCAGCGGCGAAGGAAAGCUGAUACUCCGAAAGCAUCCAACGAAAGAACUGGCCAAAAUCAAUUGCGAGCUAACUUUUGAGGAAUUGGCAUUUUUGAUUGACGCAGACCAAUAUCGAGACGCGCUUUCAUGUCUAGAUUUAUUCCAUUUCUACACCAGACAUCGCGAGUACUUGCGAUUUCGGCCGAGUGAGCAUGAUAUGGUCGAAAGCAAGGCCAAAGCACUAUGGUCUUUCGCCCUCGCAGUCACGAAGCACGAAGUCCAUCAAAGGGCUUACAAAUUGAGCUGGGAUUAUUUGCGUCAAAGGAGGGAUGAUCGUAAAAUUUACAUCGGGUUGUUCAAAGCAGUUCAACAAGGCGCUCUUCCAGAAGACACUCCCGAGUUGAUGGAACUGGAACAGAGGCUCGAUUAUCAAGACAUCAGAUUUUACAGGUCUCUGGCGAGAUCCGAGAUGCGUAAGGAGAGGAUAACAGCUCAAAAAGGAGAAAUUAAUACGAACGCAGCCGCGAAAACUGGUUGGAUGGGAUGGAUUUGGGGUGGCGGUCAAGCUGACGCAGAACGCGGACACGACUCGGGACAAACCGAUGGCGUCUUGAGUGAAGAAGAGAAGAAACAGCUAUAUGAUGCGAUUGAAUGGGACGAGCGAGAUGCCGCGUCUUCCGCUAUAGAUCUGCCCCGAGAUGCCAUACUCAUGAACAUUCGUACCGAGCUAAGGACUGGAUCGUUCACUCUUCGUUCAGGAAAAUCACCAGGAGGUUCAGCGCAAGGUGGCUCUGGACACAACAUCAUAUCUCUCGUGUUCGAUGGCUUUUCAGCUGAUACUCUACAAAGGACUGAGAAUAUGGAGCUAAGUCUUAGCUUGGCUGGUCUGCGAGUCUAUGAUGGAACUGUCAAGAAUAGUAAACAUCCUCAGAUCGUCAGAGUCAAGGAAAUGCGAUCCAGAAGACCCGGUGAAAGUCCGAAUUUGCAACGACUCACCCCUAGUGCUGACGGCGAUCUAGCAAGCAAGCCGAUGGAGCCGGAUCCGUUCUUUUUCUUGAAGUUUGAGCAUAAGCCUCUUGAUGACCGAGCCGACAAUGCGAUCACACUCAAUAUGAGGCACAUGGAAAUUGUUUAUCACCCCAAUUACUUGGAGGACGCAACUAAAUUCUUCCGUCCACCAGCUAGCCAACUUGAGUCCGUGGGGGCACUUAUCGAUGUUGCCAGCUCAACACUCGAAGGCAUUCGUCAAGACACGAGGGCAGGGCUUGAAUUUGCUUUACAGACCCAUAAAACCGUCGAUAUCAAGGUUGACAUGAAUGCUCCAAUUAUCAUUAUUCCACAGGAUGUUACUAGGCACGACUGCCAUCACAUAAUACUUGAUGUUGGUCACAUCGCCGUAUCUAGCAAACUGAUGUCGCAAGACCGCCUCGAGACGAUCAAGGCGAAACAAAAUCGACAAUAUACAAACGAUGACUACGCCCAAUUGGAGUCGAUGAUGUAUGACCAGUUUCACGUCGAAUUGACGGACACUCAACUCCUAUUGGACAAAUCCUUUGAGAAAUGCCUCGUAGCUUUGGAUGAACCAAGGGGACACGAAGAGGCACACCUCAUAGAGCGAAUCUCGAUGAGUUUUAACGUGUUUAACUGCAUGGUCGACAAUGCCCCCAACCUCACCCGCUUCAAAGUGCAAGGCGACUUACCUGAACUCCGCGUAAACUUCUCCGAUCGAAAAUACAACAUUGUCAUGUCCAUGAUCGACGUUGCUUUACCGAACUUCUCCGAUGAAUCGGAGACUAAGAAAGCUUCUGAGGAUGAGAAGCAAAAAGAGACUACUCUCAAACCGCCCCAUAAUCAAAACAAGUCGUCACGAAAGCAGAAAAAACAGUCGUUUCGAAUGCCGGCGUUCUUCUCAAAUGAGGCUAGUUUAACUUAUGAUCUUAGUGACGAUGAACGUCCGCCAAGCCAUGUCCGCGAAGUGACUAAUCCUGGUGAAGAUGACGAGUUUUUUGAAGCGCCUGAUUUAUCCCAGGCUGAACAGUCUGUUAAUUUUAGGCAAAAUAACUUCCAACUCCUGUUUACUGUCGGAAAACUCAUUGUCGCGAUAUCGAAGACUGACCCGAAAAGUGGCGAAGAGCAAAGGCUUGUCGAUUCCGUUUUGGAAGGUUUCUACUUCGGUUUGAGCCUGCGGAAUUUCGAUUUGGUUGUUGAGAUCACUCUGUCGUCGAUGUACAUUGCCGAUCAAGUAGCGCCAAAAACAAGUCACAUGUACCCCGCUUUCAAGAACCUUGUCACUUCUGAAGUUCUUGAAGAUCCGCAAGCUGAGAAGAAAGACCUUGUCAAAUUUAAGUACACCCAAGUCCAAACCGACCAUCCCGAAUUCAUGACGCUAUACGAGGGUAUUGGUAAAUCCGUUGAUGCAGAUUUGUCUACUAUCAACAUCGUUGUCACUCGGCCCACGAUUCUCGAGCUCUUUGAUUGGAUUAUGAAUACAUUUACCGAUGCAGAUCCUAGCCCUAACGCAUCCGAUGACGCACCAAAUUCUGAUCGCCCACCUCUAGCCCUCGAUCAGUCCGCAUCUGAUUCGACACUUGACAAAAUAAGGGUCAAGCUCAGGAUGCGAACCAUCGCGUUUCUAUUCAAUGAUGAUGGAUGUAGACUUGCGACUCUAGCAUUAUCUUCGGCGGAUUUUUCGGUUUUGUUGAAUGGACCGACAAUGCGUGUCAAUGCUCGCUUAGGCAAUCUGACGGUAGAGGACGAUACAGUUGAAUCAAAGAACACGAAGUUCAGGCGCCUCGUCGAGAUCCAGGGCGAUGAUUUGGCUAAUUUCCAGUAUGAGACGUUUUUGAAAGGAGACAGCGGGCACGAUUCGAUGGUCUAUCUGAGGUCUGGAUCGAUUCAAUUCACCAUCGUUGAAAACAUUUGGCACCGCCUGCUUUUAUUCUUCUCCAAAUUCGCUCAAAUGAAAGCUGUUAUGGAUGCUGCUAGUGCAGCUGCGCGCCAACAAGCCAACGACUUAUCCCAGACGACCACAAAGAUGCACUACGACAUUUUGAUCCGAACACCUAUCAUCAUCUUCCCUCUCGACAGCAGCUCGACAGACUCAUUGAUUGCAUACUUGGGUGAAAUCAACGCAUCCAAUUCCUUUUCAGGAAGCGGGGAUGAACUGUUGACCACAACCAAGGCGGGGCUUCAUAACAUUCGUCUUACUUCUGAGCUGUCUACCCAAGGAAAACCGGACACUUUGGAAAUAUUGGGUGAUGUUAACAUCGAUCUCAUCAUGGCUGCCUUCAACUCAGUCGAGCGAUUUCGUGGCAGUGGGCAAUCACCUGAUAGUGAUAUCGUGGCCCACAUGUCAGACGUGAAGAUCAAUUUAACACAGCCACAGUACGUUGCUUUGUUGGCCCUUGCGUCCUCGAUCCCCAAAAUACUUGAUUUGAGCGAAUUGAAUGAAGAGUCAACACGUCCCAAAUCUGUGUCACACCGCGAUUCGCACCUUUCGCACCCAACCUCUAAGUCCCAGGUCUCCAAGCCUCGCUUGCUACAACAAAACUCGCAAGUGUCUUCCAAUUCGAACUCGCACGCUGUAGAUGUUUGGAUCACGAUGGAACUGGCUUUCACAGUAACCAAUGUAACAUUGGAGUUGUUUGAUGCCACAAUUACGCCUACUGAAACCGUCCGAGACAACAGUUUAGCUAAGUUUUCAUUAACUGGCAUUCGAACGUUUUGUAACACCAAAUCCGACGGAUCGAUGAAGGCGGAAACGCUUUUGAAAGCUCUACGGACGAUUGACACACGCGCUUGGAAGGCUACCAAGUUUCGUGAGAUUGUCCCCGUCGCCGAUCAUGAUGGCGAUCAACUGGCGCUCAGCUAUAAACAGACAGAAGCAUGCAGCAGUGUUAACUUGGAACUCGAUUCUCCGAAUCUCAUCCUUUCCUUGGAUUUUCUCUUUGCCAUUCAAGCAUUUCUUACGGAUUCCGGAUCACAAGCAAAUACGACAGCCGCCGAGUCACCGCAAGAUCUGUCUAAAUCGAUACCCUCAGAAACUCAGCUCACUUCGACUUUCCAUUAUUCUGUUAAUGUGAUCAAACCAAAGCUGACCAUCAUUUCAGAUCCCGAAAAAAGUGAUAGCGAUUCGGUACAUCUGAUUAUCGACAAGUUUUCAAUAAACCAACAGCAGGUCUUAACUGUCAUGGUAAUAGACAUGUCUAUGUCGUUGGGAACAAUGAAUGAUCUCCAGAACGGCGUUAAAUUCUUGGACGCAUGUACAAUGAGCUUUUCGUUGGCUGAUGUACCGCAAGAUGGGCAUAAACAGGUUUCUAUGCACGCCCAUACUACACCGCUUAUUCUCAGGCUGUCGUAUAGAGACUUCUUAUUAGUAUAUUCGGUGUAUUGCAAAGCGCUCGAUUUCUCUCAAGUUGCCCCCGCAGCUGGAGAGGUAGCUCACGACGCUGGUUCUGAGAAUCAAACUGUUGUACCGCGGUCUCCCUCUGUCCUCUCAACAAGCCCCACAACUCCCACUCACACUCCAGAAAAGCUCUCGGUCCUGAUAGAUAAGCUUCAAGUUGUGCUGAUCGGUGACCUUCACGAGCAACCUCUUUUGGAUUUUCACACCAGGGACUUCGAAUUAAGUGCCAGCAAUUGGUCCCACGAGCUUUCGCUUGAGACUUCAAUUACGUUUGCGAUCAACUAUUACAACUUGGCCAAUUCUCAUUGGGAACCGCUCAUGGAACCAUGGCCUAUGUCAUUUCAAAUGACUCGCUCCGGAUCUCCCGCGCAGACCGGACUGUCUCUGGAUUCCAAGGAACGCUUAGAAAUAAAUUUGACGGCUACCUUUAUGGAUAUUGUCAUGACUGGGGCUGAAAUUUGGGGCCGGGAAGGCGAGAACUUGUUACAUCGUAAACGCGGUGUGACUGCGCCCUACGCAAUAAAAAAUUUCACCGGAUAUUCUCUCAAAUUAUGGGCCGAGUUGGACGAUGGUUCUCACAGUGGUGAAGAUCAUGUGGUUGAGGAUGGUAAAGAACUAUCUUGGCGUUUUGAAGAUUGGAAAUCGACCCGUGAAAAUGUUUCUCCUUCCACCCAACAUACGUUGGGGCUGGUACUUCAAGACGCUGGAUGGACUUCAGUUGGCGGAAUAUCAGUAGUUAGGGAAGGCGAUGAAGUUUACCCGUUACGACCAUCCAUCGACAAAGUCACUCAUCGGUUGCUAUGUCAUGUCGAAAUCAUAGACAACGUCAAGGUCGUAACCUUCCGUUCAACCUUCCAAGUUCGAAAUGAUACACUGUUUCCCAUCGAGAUGGGCAUCUUCAACAUGAGUGACACGCUGAUUCGUGAACCUUACAGAAUUGCACCGAAACAAUCCUGCUCAGUUCCAAUACAGGCAGCUUACCACCAAAAAAUCAAAAUACGUCCGGCCAGUUCGAGAAAUCAUUUUGCGUGGUCAGAAAAGGCGCUCGGAUGGACAGAUCUGGUGAAGCAACCCGUGCGAACUAUAACCUGUGCGGCCACUGAUCGACAGGAACCAUCACAUCGCUUCAAUGCCACCACAAUCUAUGACCAAGAGGAUAGCACAGUCCGGUAUUAUCCCAAAAUCACGUUGUGCUUGCGCGCGCCGAUUGAAAUAGAAAAUCUACUUCCAUUCGACAUCAACUGUACCAUACAUUUGGACAAAAAUUACUCGACAUUUUUGAAAAAAGGCGAGCUGUUUCCUGUGCACAUCGUCAACAUGAUGGACUUGAUGUUGCUAGGAAUAGAAUUCAAGGACGAGGGAAUGGUCGGCAUGAAAAGUCAAUAUGCCGUAGUGAACACGAAUAAUCCUGAAGAUGUGCCUCUAGAAAAUCGGAUGUCCGUCAUGGACGAAGACGGCCUGGCCCUCAAUCUCGGGCUUCAUUAUAUGCGGUACCCUUUGUCAGGUGGAGCAUUCAAAGUUCAAAUUUACAGUCCUUACGUGGUAAUCAACAAGACCGGGCUCGACUUUUCGAUAAAUUCCAAACCGUUCAUUGGUAAAGCUAAAAAGGUUGCCGGGCAGAAUUUGUGCGGAAAUGCUAGUCGUCGCAAGGAACCUCGCCCGUUGUUGUUCUCGCACCUUGGCGAUGACAAACGAAACCGUGCGAUUAUACGAGUCGGGGAUUCGAAUUGGUCCAAGGGCAUAAAUUUUGACGUCGUUGGAGCUAAUCAGCAAGUAACUAUGCAAACUUCAACAAAAACUUCAGAGUACCGGGUUGGAUUGACAGUUUCUGAGGGACUUGGAAAGUACAAACUCACUAAGGUGGUAGUAAUCUACCCUCGUUUCAUCAUAAAGAACGAGGCGGACCUACCAAUAUGCCUUCGAGAAGAUGUUUCGGAUCAGAUGUCAAUUGUCAAACCUGGAAAACGUGCCCUAUUAAGUCUUUUCAUGAGGAGCUCCGAUCCGCAGUUAGUCGUGGCUUUUGAAUCCCCUAUGGGUAAACGGUGGUCCAAACCCUUUCGAAUACAAAAUGUGGGGAAAGUCUACAUACGAGUGCCCGAUCCACAGAAUGAAGAAACACUGGUUCAUGUCGAAAUCCUGCUUCAAGGCCCAUCCAUCUUCAUCAAACUCAACGUCAAUCGUACUCAGUGGCCCAUUUUGUUCCGCAACAACAGUAGCUCUGUGUUGCACUUUGGGCAGACAGUCAUCAAUGGUACUAACAAAGAAAACUUGGGAGUCACGAAGUUUUACGAAUCUCGGCCUGAUACUGCAAUCCCCUAUGCAUGGGACGAUCCUGCCGCUGGCUUACAAAGCUUGAUUCGUGUAGUUUUGUUCCGACAAGCAGAAGGAUCGUCUUCCAAGCCAUUGCCACCUAUUGUUCUGAGAGAUGUGCACGUGCUGGAAGUUGGACAGUUGGAGCCAGUUCGGACGCACAAAUCGGGGCAAAAGCUUGCCUUUGAUGUAGUAGUCGAAGGGCAGGCACAGGUGCUAGUUGUUUCUGACUAUAAUGAAGCCACUAAUGUUUGGAAGGUAGCCAGGAAGAGUGGCCAAGGGGCUCCAAUCCAGCGUUCCGACAGCUUCAGCAGCAUAGGUGAUGCUGUAUUCGAGGCCACCACCGUGGAGCCCAUCACUUUGGUCACUGCUUCCAUCAGCUUGGAAGGAAUAGGAAUCUCUAUCAUAGAUAAGAGAAUGCGAGAACUGGUUUACGGCUCUUUCCGAGGAAUCGACAUCACUUACGAAGAAAGCCAGCUCCAGCAAGCCUACGGAGUCGUGAUAUGCUGGAUCCAAUUGGACAAUCAAUUGAACGGCGCGCUCUUUCCUGUCUUGUUCCGCCCUACCGACCUUUCCGCGGAUCCCAAGGCGGUAGAGACCCGUCCUAACUUGCAGAUCAAAGCGAACGUCGUUAAGGAUGACAAACAUGGUGUUGUUUACAUCAAGUAUGCCACAGUGCUGUUGCAAAAAAUGUCUCUUGAGAUGGAUGAGUCCUUUGUAAUCGCGCUCAUGGGCUUUACGAAAUUUUCUGGGGCAUCGUGGAAUCGCGAACAUGUCAACCAACUUAUCGCAGAUCCUGUCGGAAUACCCGAGCCGGCGUCGGAAGGGGGAGGACUGGAUUUAUACUUUGAACUUUUGCAUUUGCAGCCGUUUGCGAUUGUGAUUUCGUUUGAGAGGCAGGAAAGCAUAGAUGCCACUGAGAGGACGUUCGAUUCUCGAAACCCAUUGUAUUUUUUGCUUAACGCAGUAACCAUGGCGAUCGGUACAAUCAGCGGCGCACCCUUGAUGUUGAAUCAACUAAAAAUAGAGAAUGCCAGGAUGUCGCAAAACCAACUCAUGGCGCGGCUAAUCCAGCAUUACCAGAAUGAAGGACUGUCGCAAUUGUAUCGGGUCCUUGCAUCUGCUGAUUUUCUCGGUAACCCCGCCGGCCUCUUCAGCAAUGUUAGUUCAGGUGUCCAAGAUCUGUUUUACGAACCUUUCAAUGGCGUCGUGUUACACGGCGGUAGUGAACUGGGUGUUGGGAUUGCCCGAGGAGCUACCAGCCUUGUAAAGAAAAGUGCCUUCGGGGUCACAGACAGUGUGUCCAAGAUCACCGGGUCUGUCAGCAAGGGACUCUCUGCCGCUGCCUUGGACUCGGAUUGGGCUCGCGAGAGGCAGCGCCGGCAAUUCCGCAACCGCAAUAAGAUCAACGGCUUGGCCACUGGAACAAGCGCAUUCUUGAACUCGUUGGCCAGUGGGAUCCAGGGCGUGGCUAUGAAACCAAUUCAAGGUGCCGAAAAUGGAGGCGCUGUUGGGUUCUUCAAGGGUGUGGGUAAAGGAUUAGUAGGAGUUGUGGCAAAGCCGGCCGUGGGAACUUUUGAUUUUUUGAGUAAUGUUUCUGGUGGUCUCAGAAACGCUACAACAGCUUUCGAUCCGAGCCGGGGCGGCCGGUGUCGAUUACCACGUCACAUAUCGUACGAUGGAAUCCUCCGACCUUACAGCCUCCGUGAAGCCCAGGGACAGGACUGGUUGAGAUCGGCCGACAAUGGCAAACUUUAUUCUUGCAAAUACGUGGCCCACGUCGAACUUCCAAACGAUCAAGAUUCAGUUUGUAUUUUGACGACGGAUCGGAUUGUGAUGCUUCAGAUCAACAAACUGACCAUCAUCUGGCAAGUACUCUUGUCCGAGCUAAAAGAGGUCCGGUCUGAACCAAGCGGCCUCAGGCUUCUGCUCAAAGACGAUUAUACCAAGCCUCUUAUAGCGUUGAUUGAUAGUAGCACUCGAUCAUGGUUCGGUCAACAUGUCUUCAAACUUUUCAAAGAUUACAACGACAAGAAGAAACGGGCCGCAGGUGGUAGUAGACAUGGGUCCUAA